UGCCUCUUGCGCAAUGGCGCGGCUCCGGGACCCGGGGAAGGAGGGCAAAGGCGGGGGAGGCGAGUCCUGCCCGGCCUGGUGCCUGUGCUUGCUCUCCUCCUCCUCCUCCGCCUGGGUUCCGGCUGCGCCUGCCCCGCCCCCUCCUUCCCCGAAGAAGUUUUCUCCCGAGGCGGGACUCGGCGUGGGCAAACUCGAGGCAAACUCCCUCCGCCGCGCGCGCCUUUCUCUCCCUGCCGGGCCAUGGAAGGGGAAGGCUGCCAGCUGGGCCGAGCCGGGAGCCUCUGGCAGGACUCCUUGGCCAUCGCCCUCACCCCCAGCAAGCCUCUCUCGGGGCAGGGCAACCGGGGAGGAGGAGGAGGAGGAGGAGGAGGAGGAGGCUUCCCCAAGGACCGAACCCGCAGCGUGGUCUACGUCUUCACUGAGGACCUGGAUGAGCCGCUGCCCCUGCGGUGCCUGCGCGAAGCCUGCGCCGAGGUGCCCGCCACCCACCUGGACACCGUCCCCUUCGGCACCGUCAUGCUGGGAGACACCCACAACCUGGACCGCUUCUACAACGCAGAUGUGGUUGUUGUGGAGAUGAGCAACAGCUUGUGCCAGCCCUCGCUCUUUUAUCACCUGGGGGUGCGUGAGAGCUUCAGCAUGACCAACAACAUCCUCCUUUGCUGUUACACCGACCUCCCCGAAUUUCAGGCUCUCCGGGAUGAAGUCUUCCAAAAGAACUCAGAUGGCAACGGCAGCUAUACGUUCAUUCCUUAUGUGGUGACAGCCCAGAACAAGGUCUUCUGCUGUGAUGCCAACACAAUGGUGUGCCUGAGUGAACUUUACCAGCCCAGCUUCAACAUGGAGGCCUUCCUGACCCCACUGACUACUCAGCUGGCCAGUCUGCUUGAGGACACCUCUACCAGCUCCUGUGGCUACAUCCGGGAGAUGAUCCGGAGGGACAUCCGCAGGGCCCGUGAACGGUACAGUGGGGAGCAGUUGAGCAAGGAGCUGAACAGCAUCCAACAGCGUCUGGACAGCGUGGAGUGCCUGAGCCUGGACAUUGUCAUGAACUUCCUUCUCUCUUACCGUGAUGCUCAGGACUGUGAUGCUAUCAUCACCCUGGUAGAGACUCUCCAAGCCCUGCCGACGUGCAAUAUCGCUGAGCAGCACAACAUCUGCUUCCACUACGCCUUUGCUCUUGACAGGCGGAACCAGCCUGGCGAUCGUGAGAAGGCCCUUUCUGUUCUCCUGCCACUGGUGGAGAGGCCUGAAGGGGCAGCCCCGGACCUGUACUGCAUGUGUGGCCGCAUCUAUAAGGAUAUGUUCAUCGAUUCGGGUUUCACUGAUACAGAGAAAAGAGACCAAGCUUUCUAUUGGUACCACAAGGCCUUUUUGACGGAGCCAAGCCUUCAUGCCGGAAUUAACUCUGUUGUCUUCCUCAUUGCGGCUGGACACAAGUUUGAAACCUCUCCGCAGCUUCGGCAGAUUGGUGUGAAGUUGAGUUGUGUCUUGGGCCGGAAGGGCUGCUUGGAAAAAAUGCAACAAUACUGGGAUGUGGGUUUUUACCUGGGCGCAAGUAUCUUAACUGGCGACUUGGACAAAAUAAUCCAGGCUUCAGAGGUACUCUACAAGCUCAAUGCCCCUGUCUGGUACUUGACCUCUAUCAAAGAAACCUAUACGAUCUACAGUCAUUUCACUGCUCCUCCAGACACAUGGUCCUCAAAACAGGAGCUGGUUGAUUUUUGGCUGGGAUUUGUGAUGGAGUGCUGCCAGCCUUUUGUCUCUACGGAGCAGUGCCUGGUGUUGAUUCUUGACCUGGGCCGGGUCUUGCAACCAGCCCGGCUCUGUGUCUGCGAUCAAGAGACAAAAAAAUCUGUCACCCUCAGUCACAUCUGCUCCCUGGAAGAGGAAGGCAUUUCUACUUGGACAUUUCCAGUAUCUUCCAUUCGUGGAAUCAGUAUUUCCAAAUGUGAUGAACGGUGUUGCUUCCUCUAUGUGCUGCACACGGCCGAAGACUUCCAGUUGUAUUUCCCUUCCCAGCACCAUUGCCACUGGUUUUGCAAUCUCGUCCGUUCUUUCAUGGCAGAGAUGGGAGAGGAAGGAGAUGGCUGCAGCUCUCCAGAGGAGCUAGAGUAUGACUACGAAUACACAGAGGCGGGUGACAAGGUGAUUCUUGGUAAAGGCACCUAUGGGAUAGUCUAUGCUGGGCGGGACCUCAGCAAUCAAGUGCGCAUCGCCAUUAAGGAAAUCCCGGAGCGGGACAGCAGAUACUCACAGCCAUUGCACGAAGAGAUUGCUCUCCAUAAGCGUCUGAAACACAAGAACAUUGUCCGCUACUUGGGCUCUGUCAGUCAAGAUGGCUAUCUCAAGAUCUUUAUGGAGGAGGUACCUGGGGGGAGCCUCUCCUCUCUUCUGCGCUCCAUGUGGGGCCCACUGAAGGACAAUGAACCAACCAUUGUUUACUACACCAAGCAAAUCUUAGAGGGGCUGCGCUACUUGCAUGACAACCAGAUUGUCCAUAGGGAUAUCAAGGGAGAUAACGUCUUGAUCAACACGUACAACGGAGUAUUAAAAAUUUCCGACUUCGGCACCUCCAAGAGGUUAGCAGGCAUCAGUCCAAGUGCAGAGACUUUCACAGGCACCUUGCAAUACAUGGCCCCAGAGGUCAUUGAUCAGGGACCCCGGGGCUACGGCAAGCCGGCUGACAUCUGGUCCUUGGGCUGCACCAUUAUUGAGAUGGCUACAGGCAAACCUCCUUUCUUUGAGCUCGGCAGCCCGCAGGCUGCUAUGUUCAAGGUAGGCAUGUUCAAGAUCCACCCUGAGGUGCCCGGCUCCAUGUCCGAUGAAGCCAAAGCCUUUAUUCUGAGUUGUUUUGAAGCUGAUCCAGAUAAGCGGGCAACUGCUGCCGCCUUGCUUCAGGAACCCUUUCUGAAGUCAUCCAGUAGGAAGAAAGCCAGGAGCCCUGUGAUGACAGAUGAAUUUUCAACUUCAAAUGCACCAGAAAGAUCUUCAGCGGAGAGUGGUGGUGAGUCCAGGAGCCGUUCCUCAUCUUUGCAGAACUUGAAGGUACAGGCGGAGAACAUUUUCCUUGCCAGGAGCUGUAGUGAAGUGGCCCAAAGAACCAACUAUCUCAGGGCUCCCGAGGAAGUGGGCAAUUUUGACCUCAGCCUUUCCUCCUCUUCCCACGAGGAGAGCGGGUGUCUGUUCUUGUUGAAGAAGGACAGCGAGCGGAGAGUCACCCUGUUCAAAGUCCUGACCGAGGAACUGCCCAGCAUUGCAGCUGCCCUGCAUAAGGCCCAGGACGAGAACCCGCUGUCCUUGGAGCACGUCUCCCAGCUGGUGUCCUGCCUCAAGGGCUACAUCCGUUCUCCCAGCCGCAAGCAGCUGGCUCGAGACCUGCUCCAGCUCCAGGCUAAAUUGCAGGCUGAAGGACGGAGCCUUUGCCAACUACAGGUUCCACUCUUCACUUUCCAAGACACUGUAAAGCAGGCCCUGCGGAAGCUCCAGAUCAAGCCUCAUUGGGUGUUCGCUCUGGAUAACCUCAUGGGGCAAGCAGUCCAGGCGGCAUUUACCAUCCUCUUGACAGAAUUGAAGGUGAAGCCACGAGUCUCACAAGCACCAGGGCACCUUGAACCCUUGCAUAGUGCAGAAGAAGAUGCUGAGAACCUUUUGAGUCAGGAGUCGUCCCCUUUGCCAGCAGAGGACCACACUCUCAAGGGCAGCAUGGACACACCCAGUUCUGGCAUUGGCACCACCACUAACAGCUGGGUAGACUCCCAGCACUCGUUGCGGGGCCGUUCGCCCCUCAUGGCCCAGCUUAACCAGUUGCAGGCAGAGACCAGGAGGCUGCAGUGGAAACUGAUAGAGAAGGAGCGUGAAUUCCAGAGACUUCUGCAAGAGGCCCUGCAAGCGGUGAAACAGGACAGCCAUGCUCUCCAAAGUCCAACACCAAUAGAGGUUUCUACAUUUUCCUGGGAGAAAGAAGAGGAGGUGGCAGAUCCCAGGCUCGCUGCGUGGUUAGAAAAACAGGGAGUGGACCAAGCUACAAUUGCAAAGCUCUCCUGCCAUGGCUUCACCUUGCCAAUCCUGUUGGACUGUGCUACAAUUGAUGAUCUCCGGUACACCUGCAUCAGAGGGGGAAUGGUAUGCCGCAUCUGGAGAGCUCUCUUAAACCAUCGACAAGCCCUUGGCCAGCAGUUGCAACAUGAAGCUGACUGAGACCCAAAUAAGCCACAGACUAUUCACAAGAUGCACUUACUUGCUCAGCAAUAAGAAGAAGGAUGUCACCGGCAUUUAUGUUUUGCCCAUCCACACAUUUGAGUCCUCGUUUUCCGACUUUACAACCAAGGGGGGGAAUGGAAGGCAGUACGGGGAAAUGUCCCUUCUCCCCUCCAGCAAAAUAAUGUUUUGAGGAAACAUCACCGUUUCUGUGGAAGUCCCUCUGGCAAAAGUUGCCAUGCACACAUACAGCCGGUUGGGUUUAGAGAAAGACCAGAAAAACUGCAAACAUCUCCUGUGGCUUGAACCUCAGAAGAAGAGAAACAAAGCCAUUCUGACUGACCCUACAAAUACAGGUUCAGUAAAGCUGGACAGUGCCUUCCUGCAGAACUGCAGACUGGGAACACAACAGGGCUAAGCGUCUCUAAAGGAGGAGGCGUGGGUGAUGGAAACCACCAUUCCUGCUGAAAGCAGAAAUUAUUUAAACAAUGAGCUCCUUGGGCUUCUCUGUGCACCAGACGAGGUGGGAGAUAUCAGUAAAUUAAUUAAAACCAAAACAAAAAAUGCAA